AGGCGCUCGCCGACCCGGCGAUGUGCAAGCUCGCGGUCACGCGGCUUCGCAACCAGUGGAGGAGGAACUGGCCGGAGACGCUGCCCAGGUACUUCGCGCGAGGCCUGCUGGACACCAUGGUGCAGGCGCUCCACAAGAGCACGGACAGCAGCGGGCGCCCCGACGAGGACCGCGCCGCCUCCCAGCGCCAGCUGUCGGGCGCGGAGUCGCAGAAGCGGCAGGCGCGCCGCUCGCUGAUGCAGCUGACCACCGAGCUGACGCACAGGUUGCUGCGCCUCGGACCAGGCAGCGACGUCGGCGUCAACGACCUGGUCUGGGCCCUGUGCCCCGAGCCGGAGGAGCACUGGGAGGAGGGCCGCGUGCUGCAGCUGCCGAAGGUCUUCCCCGACGCCCUGUGCCACGAGCGCUGGUGCUCCUCGUCCUCGUCGGCGCCGGCCGCGGCGCCGGCCGCAGACGACGGCGAGGCGGGCGCGGCGGAGCUCCCGGCGGACGUGGCGGAGGCCGCCGCGGAACCGGGCCCCGUAGGUGAUGGCGCGGACGCAGGCGCGCCCGCAGACCCCGCCGUGGGCGGCGGAGGCCCCGCCGCCGCUGCGGCGGCCGGCGCCCCGGAGGGCGACGCGGCCGCCGAGGGGGCGGCGGCGGCGGCGUCCAGCUGCUACCUGAUCUCCUGGCGGGACAUGCAGACCCCCGGGCGCGUGCAGCCCCGGAACGUGUGGAAGAUGACCGCGGACGAGGACUCCAUGAUGGCCACCGCCGGCCUAGCGGCGGAGGUGCAGAAGGGGGACGGCUGCGACGUCUCGAAGG